AUGGUUGUCAAGAAGGUUUUUCCGAGUGAAGAGGGGCUCGACCAGCUGCGGUAUAUCUAUCGCAUUAUGGAAGUAGCCGAUGUGCCCAAUGUUGAUCAUCUCAUCAAGCUGAAGCGGGCAAAGAAGACGGCCAUAUUUGAGCCUCGUGGAAUGAUGGUGAAACACCAGAACUUGUUGGAGUUGUUUGGUGCCCUUCGGAAUGUCCUUGAGGCUCUUGUUGUCCUACAUCGUGAAUCGGUGAUGCACCGAGAUAUCCGCUGGUCGAACGUGAUCAAGCGACGUGAUCGUGAUGAAUGGUACUUGAUCGAUUUUGCUGAUGCAGCUACAAGCCCGCAGCGCUUCCCAAACGGCGAGCACCUGAGCACAGAAGAACAUGCACCUGAUAUUUUUGUCAGCGGCGGCACUCACACGAUUGCUGUUGAUAUAUGGGCAGUGGGAUACUUGAUUGAGACAAGUGGUGUAAAUUGGGAUGACCUAUCACAGCGAACGGCAUUCGUGAAGCAGUUGAUGCUGAAUGACCCGACAGCACGACCAACAGCAGAAGAAGCUUUGCGCGAUCUGAUGGAGCUUCAAGCGGAGGCUAUGCAGGAGCAAGCAAUGAUUGAUAAUUUGCGCCAGACACGAAUACAAGCAGGCAAACGAAGGCACAGGACAGAUUUGGGUGUGAUCGAAUCGGGUUCGAAACCAUCUUCUUCACAACUCUUCCAUAAGCAAGAGAGCGCAACUACACACGACUCGCACAUGGAAAUACGUAUGAAAUCGAGAGGCAACAGUAACGAACACGAUCGACAAACGAAAUACGAACCACAUGUGGUAGAAUUCCAUGAACAAGAUCAGAAUCCGAUGCACUACGACCCGCAAGAUCAGAACGACGCCAUACGUGCGAUUCUCAUACUUCCGAUGCAUUUCACACCAGUAGCAGAUGCACCCGCAAGAUCAGAACCCGAUGCUACGUGCGAUUCGCAUGCGAUUGCAGAUGCCACCCGCAAGAUGCCCUACGUGCGAUUCGCAUGCGGUAUAAGCGUCGAUUGGUUGGUUUUUCACGCGAUUCGCAUGAUGGAAUUCGAUUCUCAUACCGCAUUGCUCCCGAUGCGUUUCGCACCACUGGCUCAUCAGAAUCCGUGGUAA